AGCCGUCGUGUGAGACACACGGACUGGAUAUAAGCACUUCGAUAAUUCCUUCAAUAAUUCCUCCCUGACGAUUAGAAUAUACCUUUUUAUUUCUAAUAACCGCUAAUCCUGUCAAAAUGUACUCCCAACUCCUUCCUCUCGCCGCCCUGGCCGCCACCGUCUCUGGCCACGGUCUAAUAACGACACCUACUCCCCGCGGCCCAGGAGACGCUUCUUCCGCCGCAUGCGGAUCCUCCGUCGUCGCCAACAUCAAGGGCGACCUGACCUCGCACGUCGAAGGCCUACCCGAGCUCGCCGCCGAGGACGCCGGAUACCACGGCGAGCUCUGCAACCUCUGGCUAUGCCGCGGCCUGCAAUACGCCGACAACGCCGCCAACGUGCAAGCCUACAAGCCCGGCCAAAAGGUCACCAUCGAGGUGCAACUGACCAUCCCCCACGCCGGCUCCGCCAACGUGUCCGUCGUCGAUACCAAGACCAACACCAUCAUCGGCGAGCCUCUGCUCACCUGGCCUUCCGGCUACGCCGACGAGCGCCAGUUCUACGCUCACCAGACCCCUGCCAACCAGACCAAGUUCGACGUUACUAUCCCCGAGGACCUCGGCUCCAAGUGCGCCGACGCAGGUUCUUGUGUCCUUCAGUGGUGGUGGUACGGAACGGGAGCGAAGCAGACUUACGAGAGCUGCGUCGACUUCACCGCGUAAGGGCCGCCGUACCGACGAUACCAGUGGGGCCAUGAAGGGGUAUUUUGGGGCAGAAACGAUACAUAUAGGAAUAGAUGCGAAUAGAUAUCUCUUAAGGGAAAUAUUGAAUAUCAGGGUCAAAUUU